CAGCUGGACACAUGUUGUAAAGAGAGAGGUAGAGGGGGGAGGUAAGUAAUUAUUUAGGGGGAAGAAAGAAAGAAACAAAGUUGUCGACCGUGCAGUGAGCACGGGGAGGGAAUCUACUCAUCUCGAGGUAGUCUUUUAGUAGCUCCGGUGUCUUCUGCUGCUGAGAGGACCGCACUUUACCGGAUCGGUUCCUUCUCCAAACUUCUCCGCUACUCUCUCACGGAGCACCGAGCACCGGGACCGGAUUCCUGCUCUGAAAAAAACGGGGAAUGAUAAAAGCAGUCGAGCACACACAGUCUGGAUGGACGGACCUACACUGGAGUCUAAGUUAAAGUUGUUAUUUCUAAUAGUUCCAGAGCACAUUUUUUUCUCCUAUUGAAAUGAAUGGCUUUAAAGUGUAUCUUCUUGUUUUACACACUGGACUCUCAUGAAGUGUUGCUGAACCUUUGUGUUGUUUAAAAAAAAGAAAGAAAGGAGGAUUCAAAAACCCCCCCCACACACUGCACUGGAUCACCACCACCACCACCACAUCAUCAAACCCACUCUACUAGUGGAGAUGUGGAGCCACAUGAGGGUCCACAAAGGAGGCCCGUAGGUCACUCAGAAGUGUCCUAUAGAUGUCUCCUGUUUCCUGCCUAGUCUACUAAUAAUAAUCCCAUAAUGGAUUCUUCCUCACCUACCUGUGCCUGUGGAUCUUCCACAUGAGGGCAAGCCAGAUGACUUUCAGAGGACUUAACCUGUAACCUGAAAUGUCUUAAGAAGUCUUAUUUAUCUGUAUUUAUUGUGUGUGUAUAUAUAUAUAAGGGGAUUUUUUUCUUGUUUCAAGGCCAGUUUCUUCAUCUGAAAGCUGUAGAUUAAUUUGUUCCGCUGUGUAUUCUAAUCUACCCACACUGUAUUUGAGCACAUUCAUCUUCUGAUUUUUAAACUUGACUUUACCCCCAAAAACUUCAUCAUGGACAGGCCGAUAAGCAAGUUAUUGGAGAAGUUAAAGCUAACGGACUCGGGCAGUGUGAAAUUCAACAGUUCAAAGAAGAAGCACGACUCUGCCAACAACUCUAAUAACAGCAACGCCAACACUGGCAUCUCCGGAGGAGGAGGCAGCAGCGGCGGCGUGCCACAGGCUCCCAGCUCUGCAGCUGCCUCGCCCUCAAGACCCGGCCAGUUCUCGCCUGCCUCUGCAACCACAAGCGAUGCAUGUGUUCCAGCGAGUGGGAGAGGAGGAGGAGGAGGAGGGAUGGGAAUGCCACCCUCUCAGCUCCUCACCCCACCGCCAUCUUCCUCCUCGGUGGGUGCCGUACCUCAAGAUGGAGAGCAACCGCUUCACCCUUCCACCUUGGCGCCGCUGAGGCGUCGCUCCCCCCAGCAGCGAGCUUCCUGUUACCUGGGCGAGGGAGUGGAUUCCCACCUGAGGCGUGAGUCCAGCCUGGGCCCCGAGUGUGACCCUAUGGGAGCGUUUGGCUCUAAGGCGUCCCUCAAUCAACGCCGCUACUCCCUGGAGCUCCAGCAGCUGGUCCGGCGACAGCAGCUCCUCUCUCAGCCGCCACCUCUCUCCGUUCCGCCGCCGUACCCGGCCUCCAUGGGCUAUGGGUCGGCUCCCAGAGGCGGCCUGGCAGAGCCCAGCUACCUCUCCGAGCCCGAGAGGCACAAACGCCUCUCUCUCCAGGAGGCUCUGUUCUACAAACGCCUGAGCACGGGCAGCGAAAUGUGGGAGAGCACCAGGCCCGCGUCCCUCUCGCAUCCGCCGCAUCGCACGUCCGAUGUGAGCGGAGGAGGUGUAGGAGGAAGCUUCUUUUAUCCCCCGGGACCUACCCUGAGCCCAUGCUCGUCUUUCAGCCUCCAGGAGUCGGUAAUGGUCAGCCCCAGGUCCAGCUUCGCCUCCAGCACGGCCAGCGGCGGCGGCGGCGGAGGGAGCCCCAUGGGGAGCCGCUGCAGCAGCAACCGGACCAGUGGCAUCAGCCUGGGCUACGACUCCCGCUACUCUGCCUCCGGAGGACUCCCACCACAGCAGCAAUCCCCCUCCAUGCAGACAGGGGGCUCUGCCGCUGGUUAUGGAGCUCCAGGCAGGGCCGGGCUGACCCCCGUGGAGGCCUGGACUCAAUACUUGGAGGGUGGGAUGCGACCAGGGGCGCACGACAGCCGUCACUCCUACCCACCUGCCGUCGGAAGUCCAGGAGCGGCGUGCUACCAGGCUGGCCCAGAGUGGUGGGAAGAGCAGCAGGCUGGAGUGAGAGGCACCCGUUACUCAGACCUGCCUGGCACCCGGUACCAGGAAGAGCUCACCCGACUUCUCUUGAGAGACGGUGCGCUGGCUGGCGGGGCGCUCCUGGAGGGCCUGAUGCUGAAGGAGCAGUCUCUGGCCCUGACGGCGCUCUCCAAACCCAACACCAUAACGCUGGGGCCUUUAUCGGCCGGAGGGCCGGUCAAACCUCAGGAGGAUCCAGGAGUCGGAGCCGGGAGGGACGGCGUGGAGAACCGCCAGGAGUACUUUGGGACCUGUGUAAAGUGUGGGAAAGGCGUGUACGGGGCGGAUAACGCCUGCCAGGCUCUGGAUAGCCUCUAUCACACACGCUGCUUCACCUGUGUGUCCUGUGGACGCACCCUGAGAAACAAGGACUUCUACAAUGUCAACGGCUCUGUGUACUGUAAAGAGGAUUACAUGUUUUCAGGAUUCCAGGCCGCUGCUGAGAAGUGUAGUGUGUGUGGCCACCUUAUUCUCGAACAGAUCCUGCAGGCUCUUGGGAACUCGUACCAUCCGGGCUGUUUCCGCUGCGUGGUGUGCUCCAAGGCUCUGGACGGGGUGCCGUUCACCGUGGACCAUCACAGCAACAUCUACUGCGUGGCAGACUACAACAAGACUUUUGCCCCAAAGUGCGCUUCCUGUUUACAACCCAUCUUACCUACUGAGGGCAGUGAAGAGAUCCUCAGGGUCGUGUCUAUGAACAAGGACUAUCACUUUGAGUGCUACCACUGCGAGGAGUGUCACCAGCAGCUCUCAGAUAAGCCCGGCUCGCAGUGCUUCCCUCUGGACUCUCAUCUCCUCUGCCACUCCUGUCACAUGAGCAGAGCGUGCCCCACACACAACAUUCCCCCUCACAACACACACUGAUGAUCAGCGCCUUACGCAGCUGUGGAUGAGAAAGCUGGUCUUAAACAUGCUGUCGUUCUCUAAUGUGCUUUUUGCUCAGUCUCUUUCUGAAGAUGAAACUGCUGAUAUCCAGACAUUUCCACUGAUUCACUUUGUCUCUGGAUCAGUCCCUUUUGUCACACGUACUGCCUGCUGUACUUCUUGUACUAUUACUGUACCAUAGUUAUAAGGGAACGGGAAACAAACUACUGCUUUUUUUUUUUUUUUUUUACCCCAAUGUGGCUACUGUUUGCUGUAGAAGAACAAGGGAUUUUUGCUAAACUGUUUUGUACAUAUAUUAUCGCUAGCAAACAUUUUGCACUUAAAUUUGACUUUACUGUAAGAGAUUUGUUACGUGAAUCUGUACAAUUUGGGUAAAAACGUUACUGUAAUUUCUGUAUGUUGUAAUAAAUAAAUAUUUUCAUUUGUGUUCAAACAAA